GCGGGACCGGCGCGCGGCGCGCCAGGAGUGACUGGAGCCUCCCCGGGCGGCCUCCGCCGCGCUCGGCUUCGCCGCCGCGACCCGGACAGGGCCCGCUCUGCCGAGCCGGCUCCGUUGGUGAGGCUGCCCCGGAGCAGGCGGGCGGCGUGGAGGAUGCUGCGGGCCCGCCGCCGGGAGGAAGGCGCGGGCUCGGCCCUGUAGACGCGCGGUGACCCGGAGGCCCGGCCCGGCCCGCAGCCGACGUCGGGCGGAGCGUCCAGCGCAAGCAGAGCAGCCGCCCGGCCGCACCAUGUCCUCCGCCAGGUUCGACUCCUCGGACCGCUCCGCCUGGUACAUGGGGCCGGUGUCUCGCCAGGAAGCGCAGACCCGGCUCCAGGGCCAGCGCCAUGGCAUGUUUCUGGUCCGCGACUCGUCCACCUGCCCCGGCGACUACGUGCUGUCCGUGUCCGAGAACUCGCGGGUGUCCCAUUACAUCAUCAACUCGCUGCCCAACCGUCGCUUCAAGAUCGGGGAUCAGGAGUUCGACCACCUGCCGGCCCUGCUGGAGUUCUACAAGAUCCACUACCUGGACACCACUACCCUCAUCGAGCCGGCGCCCAGGUAUCCGAGCCCGCCGAUGGGGUCUGUCUCUGCACCUAACCUGCCUACAGCAGAAGAAAAUCUGGAGUAUGUGCGGACUCUCUAUGAUUUUCCCGGGAAUGAUGCCGAAGACCUGCCCUUUAAAAAGGGUGAGAUCCUAGUGAUCAUAGAGAAGCCGGAAGAGCAGUGGUGGAGUGCCCGGAACAAGGACGGCCGGGUCGGGAUGAUCCCCGUCCCCUAUGUUGAGAAGCUCGUGAGGCCCUCUCCGCACGGGAAGCAAGGAAACAGGAAUUCCAGCAGCUAUGGCAUCCCGGAGCCUGCUCACGCGUACGCCCAGCCGCAGACCACGGCUCCUCUGCCUGCAGCUUCCAGCAGUCCUGGGGCCACCGUCAACCCUUUGCCAUCCACACAGAAUGGACCUGUCUUUGCAAAAGCAAUCCAGAAACGAGUGCCCUGUGCUUAUGACAAGACCGCCUUGGCCUUGGAGGUUGGUGACAUCGUCAAGGUCACGCGGAUGAACAUCAACGGCCAGUGGGAGGGCGAGGUGAAUGGGCGCAAGGGGCUCUUCCCCUUCACGCACGUCAAGAUCAUCGACCCUCAGAACCCAGACGAGAACGAGUGAUGGCUGCUGCCCUGUGCUUGCUGCUCGGUCGUCCUGCGCGGAGUGUCUCCUUCGACGUGGGAGAGCGUCCUCUGGGCAGGUCACACGCGCUGCCGACGUCCAGCUCCUGCAGUGGGCAGUCUCACACACAUUGGAAUGCUCUCAGUGGCUGCCCGGCAUUUGUAUCAUAGUCGUGUUGUCAAAGAGUAGCCGACCUUAGAGUUCUUUGGAUCAUAAACUGGAAACCCUGGUGGAGGCACACACGUGGGGGACUUGGUGGGGCUGGGGCUUCCUUCUGGUCAGUGCCCUGCCUGUCCCAAGGCCUGACUGCGGGUCCCAGGGAGCUUGAGCCCACACAAGACGUUGCUGGCUGUGAGCGCAGAGCCAGGCCAGCCGCCAGUGUGGUUUUCCUGGAAGAGCAGAGGAAGUGAACCUUAAAGAAGAGGGAAUUCUGCCCUAGACUCCCCAAAUCUGGCUUUUCUUUUUUUCUUUCUUUCCUUUUUUCUUUGUUGCUUGGUUUGGUUUUGGAAGACUUAAUUAAUGAGACCUGUGUGUUCUGAGCAGGUUUUUAAGUAGCAGAUUAGGUUUUUGUGAUGUUAUAAGGGGUGGCCUGUGCCUCUGAGCCUCUCACCUGGAGUCGCCACGACUAGAGCACGAGAGAAGCAGCCCUGAAGAGGGCCUGUACCGCCCAGAUCACAGACGACAGCAACAGAGACCGGCUGUGUGCGCAGCUCUUGGAUUGCGUUGUCCCCAGAGGCUCCAGGGCCAGGAUGACUUGCCUUGUUGGCCAGUGACAUGCGGAGCACGGGGCCGGCGCUCUGUCCAGCCUUUCAGUGAAUGCAGCCCUUUGCAGUAUAGGACCUCGGGUUCUUUGCAUUGGAGGUAAAGUGAAUCUUCCAGUUCCGCUUACUGAGGCCCAGUCCUCAGGCUCACCAGGUUCCCUUGGAGACACUGCUGCCACUGCUUCUGGUCCCUGAGCCCGCAGCUCUUGCAGGAAAAGGAAACUGGUUGACGCAUUUGGUGUCUGUUGUUUUCCACGUCACGUGCAUCAUUAACCAUUUACCAACAUGGUGUUAACAGUUUCCCUGUUGGCUGAACGAGGCCUAAUCACACCAGCCGGCUGGUGCAAGUGUGUGAUCGGGCCUGCGUCCGCAGCACAGAGCAGACUAGAGUUCUGGAACUCCUCCCUCCUGGACACUGGUGAAGACAGGCCUCAGCUCAGAAUGAGUGUAGCAGACCUAGACGUGUAGCAGCAACCUAAUAAUUAGUAACUGUCACUCAGCAUUGGCUGUAACCGCGUUCUGGCUCCCAGGGGUCUUAGGGUUUAGGAUUAGAGCAAUUAUUCUGGUGAUAGAACCAGCAGGACAACCAGUUUUCAAUUUCUCCCUUUAUUUUAAUUGAACUGUAAUUGAUUCCCAACGUUGUUUCAACGUUGAGUUUCUCUUUAAUCAGAUGUUCCAUCACAUAGGUCACCACAUUAAAGAGCCUUGAGAGUGUUCUGUGACAAAGUCAGUGGUCAGUUGGAAAAAAUAUCCCUGUCCGUCUGCAGUUUUCCUGAAAGAGGCUCCUCCACAGGCUCUUCCUGACUAGUGAGAACCGUACCACCUCCUGUUGCAAGAGUGCCCCGCAACGAGGGGCACGUGUGUUGUGGGGCCACACCGUGCCUGGAAGCACCGCUCGCCCUGGUGCCUGUGGCCCACUACCCUAGGGCCCCUUGCGGCUGCGGAGCACGUCCCUGCCCAGAGUACCGACCCAGGCCUGAGAGCCACAUCCAGCUGAGUGACUUGGGCCUUUCAAGGACAGCAGUCAGCUUUGAGUACGAGGGGUUUCUGGCUGUUUUGGAAAGCAGGGCUUCCUUUCAGCCACGUCUGCUCGACGGUCAGUAGCAGGACCUGGCCCACAUGGGUCACUUCAGAAUCAGACCUCCGCACAUCCAGGCUGGCUCCGUGCAGCUCUGCACAGUGCCUCAGUCAUGCACCCCUCGAGGACGCCCAGGAGAUGAGAUCGGAGCCUGGAGGAGGGGAGCCUCAACUCCCGAGUUCUCCAGACGUGUGCCAAAACUGGCACCUUUCUGACUCAGAACCUUACUAGUUUCUAAUGAGGCGGGGAAGUUCUUCUUUUCACACUAAAUAUACAAAAAGCAGUACCCCGCCCCGGCUUGGGCCCGGACUCCCUGGCCGUCUGGGAAGCCUGCUUCAGGGAGUGCUUUGAAGCCCCAGGGGCACCACCUACCUGCCUGGGGGGCUGCCUCUCUGGGGCUGUUCAUUACUACUUGCUCUGCUCACUGUGUCACUCAAGAGCAUACAUGGGUGUUAAAUUAACUCGGGAAGAGAGCGGAUCAUGUACUGAAGGGCAUUGAUAGUCUAACGGGAAACUUACCUAUGCUGGGAAGGAUCUCUGACCCAGGAGUCUUCCUUGUCACCUCUGCCCGGGCAGGGCCACCUGACGAAAGUUACUCAAGAGGAGGAUUCGUGGGCUGGCUGCCACCUGAUGACUGUCACCCAGACAGAUGCCUCCUGUGCUUGUGGUCGGGAGCCCGCAGGGAGGGCGGGGCAGCUGCCCACUGGGAGCCCGAGUGCCCAGCCCCACACUGGCUUCUCCUGCAGCUGUUUACAGGCAAGGCGGGCCAGGACCCACGGCCACUGCUCUUGUGGUGUUUGCUCAGAGGAACAUGAACAUUUUAUUUUUGAAAAGGGAUGAUGUGUUUUUGUGCCAGGUGUUUAUAAUUUAAUCUUUUAAUAAUAUUAUGUUCAUUAACCUCUUAAACUGAGUGGAAUCUCAAUUGUUUUAACGCCGUACCUAAGACUGAUGCUUUCUGUGGCCACCACUGAGCUCCCUCAGCCCCCACCCUCUGGGACUGGCGGCCCUUGGUCCCGUCACUGCUGUGGGUGUGCCCUACGGAGUAAGAGGACAGUCCUCUGAGGCGGGGUCCUUGUCUGCGGGGGAAUGGUGGCCUUGCCUCUCAACGGUCUUCACUGUGUGUUUUAAGAUGAUAACAACACAACACAAAACUCCUUUGACCUGUAACUUAAAAAUCAUAAAUUUCAGGCAAUAUUUUCUGUGUAAGCUUUUAAAAUUAUUUUUGGGGAUCAUAGCUUGUUUUAUUUUGUGCUAUAAAAUUAACAGUAUUAAAUGACUUAUAUUCUUAGAAUACAUGGAGUGUCUUUUCUUGCCAGAUCAGUGCCUUUUUAUUUUUGUAUUCCAUUUUACGUUUCUGGUCCCGGCGUCAGACCCUUGUUCCCAUGGCCUGUUUGUACGUUGUCUCAAUAAAACUUGCAUCAGCUGG